AUCAGUCUAGUCUGAGAGUCUGGUCUGAGAGUCUGGUCUGGUCUGAGAGCCUGGUCUGGUCUGAGAGCCUCCAAAGAAGCACAUUUUAUGAGUUACCUCUGUCCCUUUAUCAUGAUUGAUUCCUUUUACUGGACCUGUUCUUCAGACACAGACAUUGUUUCCGUGAAAGCGUGAUUUUCUACAUGUUUCAUUGUUACGGUAUGAGGAUAACACAGGACGUUUCUUCCAGACGCUGAGAAACGGCGGCAGCCAGGGCAUCUUAUUUAAGGCUGAUUCAAACGAAGAUAUAAAUCUACAGGAACAAAGAAGAAAUUUACGGCUAGAAUCUCUUUCAGAUGAUGACAAAUUAAAAUGCAUUAAAAGAAUUCCCCAGUUAGCAUGAGGCUCAGUGCGUUUACAUGCAGCGCAGAAGAGAAGCCGCUGACGGAUGUAAAACACGAAUAAAUAGUCAGACUUCAGCAGAACAAACACACAACGACAAAUAUGAAUAAAAGUCAGUCAAACUGUGGCACAUGUUGACUUUAAGUAGAUGACUUUAUUAGAUCUGUUAGAUCUUUAUUAGAUAGAAAAUGUCUUUUUCUUUCUUUCUGAAUAUUCACAGCUUUAUUUCUGGAUUGAACAGAAAUAAACACAUUUCAAUUGUCUUUGUGUGUCUCAGUGGCUUUGAAGAAGCUGAGCUGAAGGAAUUUAAACACGAAGGCCGGACGUUGGUCUGCACCACUUCAACCUCCAGUCACCUCUCAUCGCUCCAACCGAGUUAGGACGUGGACUAAGCUCAUUCAGGGUCCUGGUCUCUUUUUAAGACCAGACUCUGACGUUUCUGGAAUCAAAUAACAAUAAGAUACGAAGGUUUUCUUUGUUCUGAAGAAGUGUGUUGGUCGUCCCUUAAAAGAGAAGAAAUUAAAAAAAAAAAAACAGACCACAACAGGAGGGAGCUCAGUAGGUGGUCUGUAAUGUUACCCCCCCACUUCCUGCCCCUCCAGAAAAGGGGCGGAGCCUGUAGGCACAACACAUCCUGGCUGCAGCCAUGCUCUGACCAGAGACCCACAGAGACCGACAUGGGGGAGGACCAGGACCCAGAGCUGAGCUCAGAGACCAGCAUGGAGGAGAACCAGGACCCAGAGCUGAGCCCAGAGACCGAUGUGGAGGAGGACCAGGACCCGGAGCUGAGCCCAGAGACCGAUGUGGAGGAGGACCAGGACCCGGAGCUGAGCCCAGAGACCAGCAUGGAGGAGAACCAGGACCCAGAGCUGAGCCCAGAGACCGAUGUGGAGGAGGACCAGGACCCGGGGCUGAGCCCAGAGACCGAUGUGGAGGAGGACCAGGACCCGGAGCUGAGCUCAGAGACCGAUGUGGAGGAGGACCAGGACCCGGAGCUGAGCUCAGAGACCGAUGUGGAGGAGGACCAGGACCCGGAGCUGAGCUCAGAGACCAGCUCCUCCUCUGGUCCAGCCGAGUCCAGGGGCCAUGCGAGAAGAAGAACUCGACUGAAACGUCGCUGCUGUCCACACUGUGACAAGACCUUCGCAUCGUCAGGAAGCUACGAGACUCAUCUGAGCGUCCACACCGGGGAGAAACCACACAGCUGCGACAAGUGUGGAGCGACACUCAAGAACAGUGAUGCACUGAAAAUCCACCAGCGGCUUCACACGGGAGAGAAACCGCACAGCUGUGACUGUGGCGCCGCCUUCACCACGGAAAGAGGUCUGAAAAAACACCAGCAUGUGCACAUACAAGAGAAACCGUACGAGUGUGGAGAAUGUGGGAAAAGGUUCGCCGUCGCCACUUCCCUCAAAGCCCAUCAACGCAACCACGCCAGUGAGAAGCCACACAGCUGCGAUGAGUGCGGCGCAGCGUUCACGGUCAGAAGCUCACUGAGAGUCCACCAGCGCAUUCACACCGGGGAGAAACCGUACAGCUGUGACCAGUGUGGAGCAGCCUUCACCAUUAUUAGUAGCCUGGUAAAACACCAGCGUAUCCACACUGGAGAGAGGCCGUACAAGUGCAACGAAUGUGGGAAAUCAUAUAUCGACACAAGUGCCCUAAAAGCCCAUCAACACACCCACACCAGGGAAAAACCAUACAGCUGUGCUCAGUGUAGCUACACUUGCGCAAGCUCACAGAUGCUGAGAAUUCAUUAUCGUAAGCACACUGGAGAGAAACCGUACUGGUGUGAAACGUGUGGGAAAUCGUUUUCGAUGCCAGGUUCCCUCAAAAAGCACCGAGAAACCCACCUCGUUCCCACCUGUGAGCGCUGCGGAGAGACGUUUGCAGUGCGCGCCGACUUAACUCUGCACAAACGUGGCCGCAAGUGGAAAGACGCCAUGGGCCUGAAGUGUCCUAAACGCUCGCCAGAGAAGCAGCGCCAGCAACAAGCUUCCUGGAUGUCACAGAAUCUCAACAAAGCCGCUGGAAGAUCUCCCCCCGGACAGCAGCAACACCACCGUGAUGUAAAGCACGAAUAAACACUCAGACUUCAGCAGAACGAACACACAACGACAAAUAUGAAUAAAAGUCAGUCAAACUGUGGCACAUGUUGACUUUAAGUAGAUGACUUUACUUUAUUAGAUCUGUUAGUUUGAACUUUGUUUUAUCUUCUGUUGUGUGGAGUAAAAUGUCUUUUUCUUUCUUUCUGAAUAUUCACAGCUUUAUUUCUGGAUUGAACAGAAAUAAACACAUUUCAAUUGUCUUUGUGUGUCUCAGUGGCUUUGAAGAAGCUGAGAUGAAGGAAUUUAAACACUUUGGUUCCAAAUAAAGAGACAAAGAGAAGAGC